CACACACAAAUAUAAUAUCAAUUUAUGUUGAGUAUCGAUGUAAAUAUAAAUAUUACAUAAUAAUGAAUAAAAGUUAAAACAAUUUAAAGAAAUUUAUUUUGAAUUUAAAAAAUAAAAAUCGAAAAUGAAACUUGAAUUAUAUAAUGAUAUAGUAACAACAAUUCGAAAAUUUCGAGGUUUAUCAAAAGAUUGUAGAGAUAUUUUAAAAGAAAAAUAUAAUGACAUUCCAGUAUAUACAUUGUAUAGUAUAUUAUCUUUAGAAGUACAACAUAAGAUGAAAGUCAAUCAUAGCAAAUUAUUUGGUAAUAAUAAAAAUUAUUAUGAUACUUAUAUGGAAGCUGUACAAAAUGGAGAACCUGUUGGAAUUUUAUUGAAAAUGGCGAAAGAUAUUGGUGCACCUCCUGCACUGUUAGCUAGAAAUGUUCUUGAAAAACAUUGUGGAAAAGAUGAAUUUAAUGUCUCUAGGAACGAAGUUAGCAAAUUAUUUAAGGAUACUACUCUUAUACAGGACAAAGAUCUUGCAUAUGAAGUCUAUUUGUGUAUAUUAUAUGAUAAUUUGUAUGGACCUAUAUCAGAUGCUGUUGGAACUUCUGUAGGUCAGGAAUAUGAAUUAAAGUUACAAAACUACUUGACAGAACGAAAUCUUGCAUUUCGUAAUGAGGAACACUUGAGAUCAAGAGGAUAUGACAAAACUCCAGAUUUUAAACUUGAGCAUCCUGAUAUAUUUAAUAAUAAGAUGGCCAAUACAUACAAAACAACGAGCAAUUCAAAAUUGCAAGAACAGUCUAUGGAAACUGCGAUAAAAUCUCAACUUGUUAUUAAAAUCAAAAAGGAGGAGGAGGAAGAAGAAGAAGAAGAAGAAGAAGAAGAAGAAGAAGAAGAAGAAGAAGAAGAAGAAGAAGAAGAAGAAGAAGAAGAAGAAGAAGAAGAAGAAGAAGAAGCAGAAGAAGAAGAAGUAUGGAUAUCAGAAAAAGAAUUGUACAUGGAAGAUAACAGUGAUGAAGAAAAAUUCAAAACGCAAUCACAAUCGCGUAGUAAAUUCGAUGAUAAUCAAUCAUUGUCUUUGGUUAAAUCUAAUAUUGAAGAACAAAAUCAUUCAUUUAUUUUAACUGAAAAUGAAGCAAAACUAAAAAAUUCUACACAUAUUCCUGAAAAUAACAUUAAUGAAGAUCAGUUUGCAUUGAAAACUGUUGAAAAAUGUAAUAAAAUAUCAUUUAUAAAUUUCACUCGAUCACCGUCAAUAGAAUCUCUACAAACCAAUCACUCUACAUCCAAAUCAUCUCUGAAUUCAAAUACAAAGGAUUUUUAUGAUUUUUCAAUUGUGGAAGAUCAAAUAGAAAAAAUGAAAAUUUCAUGGAAAGCAAAAAAAGAAUUUCAAUAUAAUGAGGAAUUGCUUGAAAAUGAAUGGAAACAUGACAUUAAUAUUUUAAAUGAUACAGAAGAUGAGAAUAUACAAAAAGAAAUUUUAGAAGUGGAAAAUCUUGAUAAUCUUAUACAUAUAAUGAAUGAUAAAAUAAAAGUAAAGUUUUUGUAUAUGAUGAGAAAAUAAUUAUUUUUAUUUUUAUAAAUAAAAUCAUUUUAAUCGUGAUAUAGGAAGCAAUUGAAGAAACUUUAACUUAUCAAUGUGAGAAUCGAAAACGGCUAGAAAAAAUUUUAGCAUCAAAUCCAUGUGAAACUGGUAAACUAGCAGAAAAUACACGACAAUUUUUUUACUUAUGUCCAAAAUACACUACACUAAGUACAGGUAUGAUAAUAAAAAUAAUGUACAAAAAAAAUUCAAUAAUAAUAACUUUUAAUAUAUUUUCGAGUAAACAAAAACAUUAUUGCCGAAUUUUAAAUAGCAUUCAUAUAUAUAUAUAUAUAUUUAUUAUAUUUAUUUAUAUAAUUAAAAAUCUAACAAAAAUUGAAUUCUAAAAAAUUAUAAAAAUAGAUUUUCAUAACACUAACAAAUCAUCCGAGACAAGUAAUUCUGAACAGCAAUUAUGUGAAAAUGAAGAUAAAAUAAGUCUUUUAAAUCUCGAUAAUGAAGUAAGUUAUAUCAAUAAGUUGAAUUUUAUAAAAUUAAAUUACUGAUUAUUAUUAAUUUUUUCAAACUUUAUUUCUUAUCUAAAGGAUGAAUGGAAAUUCAUUAAUUCAACUUGUUAUAUUGAAAAAAUAAAUAAUAUAAUGAAAGAUUUCUAUAUUAAUCCAUAUAUCAUAAAUACAUGCAAAGAUAUAAAACUAACAGAAAUGUUAUUAAAAACAAAUAAAAAAGUAAACUA